AUGUCCAUGUCAAACAGCGAUGUACGGAGCAGAGUUUCUGUUGGAUCCAGGCCCCCCAUAGUCGACACGAAGCCUCGACACGAAGCAGUCCACCGUGUUAGGACAGGGAGUAAGUUUGACAACCUGUACGGCUGCAGGGAGAGUCUGAUCGACGGCAUCAAGAGAGCCACUGAUGUGAUGAUUGCCGGUAAAGUUGCCGUGGUGGCGGGCUACGGCGACGUGGGGAAAGGCGGCGUCCAGGCUCUGCGUGGGUUCGGAGCUCGCGUCAUCGUCACCGAGAUCGACCCCAUCAACGCGCUGCAGGCCGCCAUGGAAGGACUGUUAACAAGAAAGGAUACUUUCGGACACUUUGACUGUGAGAUCGACAUGAGCUGGCUCAUCAAACACGCUGCGGAGAAGAUCAACAUCAAGCCGCAGGUCGAUCGCUAUCGUAUGAAGAGCGGCCGUCACAUCAUCAUCCUGGCCGAGGGCAGACUGGUCAACCUGGGCUGUGCCAUGGGACACCCCUCCUUCGUCAUGAGCAACUCCUUCACCAAUCAGGUUCUGGCUCAGAUCGAGUUGUGGAAGAACACGGACAAAUAUCCCCUCGGAGUCCACUUCCUGCCCAAGAAGUUGGAUGAGCAGGUGGCAGCCGCCCACCUGGACAAACUGGGGGUGAAGCUGACGAAGCUGACAGACAAGCAGGCCAAGUACCUGGGUCUGCCCAGCGAGGGGCCCUUCAAACCAGACCACUAUCGCUACUGAGCGUCCUGUCCAGCUGGGGAGGAGGAGGAGAAAGAGGUGGUGUGGCUACCACGGUGUUGGUGUUUAGGUGUAGCUGUGUUUGGGUGGAGCACUUUGAGAGAUUGGUUUCACUCUGGGCGCCAUUUUGGAUUCCAAAUGUCAACUUUUCAGGGACGCAGCGACGGCUUUGUGUUUGUUUCUUCACCUUUUUAUAAAUAGCAUUCAAUAUCAAAUGCUAGCAAACUAUUUCUCGUGUUUAUUUAUUUGGCACCAACAACUUGAGAUCAAACAUCUCCCAAACAGCUGGUUUUGAAUCACACAUUUAUGGUUGAAGAAGCUUUUACUCUGAGCACAUAUCUUCAGCCCUCCACCUCUUUCUUCCUCCAUGCUUCUCACCAGCUUCUUCAGGGGCUGUUAAAGAGACUUCCUCUUAUUGUUCGUCAUUCCUUCUCCAUUUAUGGAUUAAAAUAAACCCUGAUGCUUCUCUGAGCUCCUCUGUGUGUCUCGAGGUGGAAGAUGAUAAAACAGGUUUAUCUUCUGAGUCUGUUUUAAUGAAUCAAUACGUUAAGUGUGCAGAAGCACAUGAACCUGUGAGCACUUAAUGAAAGCUGCACCUGAACUGUGCCAGAAGAUGUUCUGGGAGGGUUUACUAAUCGGGUGGAUCGGUAGAGUAAAGAAGAAGCACUGCUGCCAAAGGAACAACCAAAGCACAUCAUGUUUCCCUGGAGUUCUGAAGUCUUAUUCUUUCUGUUCAUUUUCUUUUUGUGAUUUGUAUUUAAUUUGACGUGAAGAGCCAAAACAUGUGCGAACAACGGCCCCAAAACUUUUAACUUCUCACUGUAGCCAAUCAGCGUGACGUUAAAGCAGACGUUCUCAACGGUUACAUCCUGAAAUAAGAGUUCGACUGUAAACGAUGGAUUGAAAGUGUGACGAAUGGAGAAAUAAAGAAACCUGUUGACUC